AGUCGUUGCCGUCCGUCAGUCAGUCGAAGUGAAGUCAGUUCAGUUCCAUUUUAAACCGUGUCGCAGCCGUUUCCAUCAGUCGCCGUGUAUCAGUGCAAAAUAAGGAGUAAAAAGUGUUACAGUGUCUGAGUUUUUCAUCAUCGGUUCGUGAGCUGGUGAAUUAAUUUCCGUACGUUUUAAUCAAAUCAUCGACUGCUUAAAAGAGAGAUCGAAGGAAAAGUGAAUCCAGCGAGUGUAGGAAAAAAACGGAGAGGCAACCAAAGCAACGAAAGAAUUCGAAUGGUCGCCGUCUUCGUCGUCGUCGUCGUCGUCGUCGAUGGCAGUUUUAUAAUACCAACAAUAAAUAGCUAGUCCUUUCGUUAAAUGGUGCAGGUGUUUGUGUAACGACAAGUAAUAAACAAACCCCAAAAUAGUGUGAAGAAGUAGUAUGAAGAAAGGCCAUACGGUUACUGGUUAGUGGUGAAAGGUGUCGGUUCGUUCCUUCCAAAUCUCGUCAGAUUGCAUUCGGAUAAGUGAACAAAAGUUCCACCGCGGUGCAGUAGAUGUUCUCCCCCGUCGAAGUGGGUGCCUAGUUCUUAAGUGAAUUUUUGUUCGCUUGGUCGAAGGAAAACGGUAAUCCUGGACGGCAAAGGUGUGUUCUGUGCACUGUGGCUAGAACACGAGCAACCUCGGAAGAGGCAGUGUGCCGAUCGUCUCUCGCCUGCGCCGCUCGUCAGUCAUUAUUGCCGUCGGUGGUGUGGAGUCCGAGUGUGUGUAAUUGUGUGGUUCUCGGUAGAUUUAUAGUUCUUAUCACCUGGUGUAUUGGUGGAUUACUUCAACCGGAAUACAAUCGAACUCUCAAUGGAAGAGUGGUGCUUGAGAUCGGGAGCUCAAUUAGGAUACUAAUUAAAAUAUCCUCGACGCUCGGUCGAGGUCCGACCGACUAAUUUUCACCCAGUAGCCGCAAUUCUGCCAUGCCGGGUAGCCGUUCCAGUAAUAACGAUACCGAGCACAACAAGUCCCCUAGAGAGAGCGGCGAGGAUUCAGAGGAUGAAAGUGAAAUUCUAGAGGAAAGUCCGUGCGGAAGAUGGCUGAAACGAAAAGAAGAGGUCGAACAACGCGAUGUCCCUGGCAUCGACUGUGCACAUCUGGCGAUGGACACCGAGGAAGGUGUCGAAGUGGUCUGGAACGAAGUACAGUUUUCCGAGAGGAAAAAUUUCAAAUCUCAAGAAGAAAAAAUACAACUAGUAUUCGAAAACCUAACUCAGUUAGAGCAUCCAAAUAUAGUCAAAUUUCAUCGUUAUUGGACGGAUACGCAUAACGAUAAGCCUAGGGUAAUAUUUAUAACGGAAUAUAUGUCCUCUGGUUCCCUGAAACAGUUUCUCAAACGUACCAAGAAAAACGUUAAGAAACUGCCACUGCAAGCAUGGAAGCGGUGGUGUACUCAAAUUUUAUCAGCACUUAGUUAUUUGCAUUCCUGUUCGCCGCCAGUAAUUCACGGCAACUUAACCUGUGAUACAAUAUUUAUUCAACAUAAUGGUCUAGUUAAAAUUGGUAGUGUAGCUCCAGAUGCCAUUCAUCAUCAUGUAAAAACGUGUAGGGAAAAUAUGAAAAAUAUGCAUUUUUUAGCACCAGAGUAUGGAUCAGCCGCAUCGACGACCGCCAUCGAUAUCUACUCGUUUGGCAUUUGCGCGCUGGAGAUGGCGGCACUGGAAAUCCAAGGGAACGGAGAUUCGGGUACGCUAGUCACAGAAGAGCAAAUCAAACGCACUGUCGAGAGUCUUGAAGAUGCCCAGCAGAAAGACUUCAUCAUCAAGUGCCUCAGUCAAGACCCUGCCAAAAGGCCUACCGCUAGGGAAUUACUAUUUCACACGCUACUGUUCGAGGUGCAUCCACUGAAGCUGCUCGCCGCCCACUGUCUGGUGAACACCUCAUCAAACUACGACGAAAUGUUACAGAAGCUGAACAAAUCGGACAUCGUGUACGCAGAGGUGCGGGCGAUCGAGUUCCACCUGGGCGAUGUCCCUGGAACGGAAAAGCUGGAGAAGUUCGUAGAGGAUGUGAAAUAUGGCAUUUAUCCACUGACUGCCUUCUCGGCACAAAAACCACCCGCUUCCCGACCACGAGCAAUAUCGCCCGAGACUGCUGAAUCGGUGAAAUCCGCCACACCAGAGCCGUUAGAUAUUGAAACUAGGAGAGUUGUGAAUAUGAUAUGUAGUGUUAAGCCGCGAGAAGAAAAUUGUGAAUUAUUUAUGACAAUACUAUUAAGGAUGGAAGAUAAGAUGAACCGACAGUUAACAUGUCCUAUUUCACCGGAUGAUUCUGCCGUCGCGCUUUCGCAUGAACUAGUACAUUUAGGAUUUAUUCAUGAAACGGAUCGUGAAAAGCUAGCAACAAUGAUCGAGGACACUCUUCGGAAUAAACAGCAGCAGCUGCUGGGUGCAGCGGCAAAAAUGCAAUCGGCAGCCGCCCAAGCCGGCGAGCGGCUAGUGGCCUCCGAUGGCAGUGGCAUGUCUGGCUCGGAUACGGUAGCGUCCCACAGCAAUCAUCUUCACCAUCAUGUUCCUGUAAAUUCGGCCAGUUUGGAACGUGGCUGGAAAGUAGCGGAUACGGAUUCGCUACUAGUCACGAUGCCGGUCAUUAUGGAAACAUCCGGUAUCAGUGUAAAUAGCUUAGAUGCGGCCCUGUUUGCCAGCUUGGACGACGCAGAAGAAGCUCGCGAACAACACGACGAGGAACUCGAAGCAUUAGAAGCUGCUACAGCAGACGAAGAUGCCACCGACCUGUGUCCUGAGCCAACGCUGGAUCACGGAGACAGUAAUGUCGUGUUUUCGAUGCAUCCGACGCAUCGGUCUAUAAACUUAAGAACUUCCAUUGUUCCGGAAGGCGAGCUGUGUCCUAGUGAGACGAUCGAAUCGUACGAGGCUACUGAGUAAUAAAACCGCAGGAUACAAUUGUCUUGAAAGUACUUCUACCAAGUAAGCAUAAUUUCUGUUUUGUUCAUUAUUGAAAUGCGACAAAAAUAUCAAAUGAAUUGCUAUGUAAUUACAUAAAAACCAACAAUUAAAUGGAAUAAACCACUGACAUACGUACACUUAAUCAUGCCAUUGAAGAGAGUAAAUAGACAACAGGAAAAGGAAAUGAUCUUUAUUGUUUUUUUGUAAACAAGUAAGGAUUAUGAAAUUAAAACUGCGCUUGAGGUUUGUUUGUUGUGCUUAGAAUUCUAUUUCUUUAGGAAUUCGUAUACAAUAGCCAUUCACAAAAUUGACAAACCUUAGGGAAUUCAUAUAACGAAAAAAAAACAAUGAACCUCUAAUCAA